CUAUAACCCUGGCUGUUCUCUUGCAACCAAUCUACGUCAGAAAGCCUAUUGCAAACUAGCUUCAUUCGAAACUCAUUUGCUCGGAUACGAACGUUCAUAUCAAGACGGAAACCACAAUCUAGGGUCCACAACACUGCAUCUGUCACCGAUUGUGACGGCGUAACGGACACGCUGCGGCAAGGCGGUACUAUCAUCUUGAUUCCGUACGCUCAUGGAUGAACCACCAACUAUCGUCAAGGGCAAAUCGGAACCCUCCUCGUCAGCAGUAAACCCAGAGCAAGCCUCUGCUGCAAACUUAACCUUUGCGCAGGCUUUGGAAACGAUCGAGGAACCCGAUGUCAAUAUCUUUGUAGCAGCACAACGGGGUGAUGUGCAGACUAUACGCAUGCUAAUAGAGUCUGGAAAGGCCACGGCUACCGACCGAGACGAGCAAAAUAUCACUCCUUUACACUGGGCUGCCAUUAACGCCCAAGUCGCGGCAUGUCGAUACCUGCUAGAACAAGGUGCAGAGGUAGAUGCCCUUGGAGGCGACCUUGUAGCGACCCCUAUGCAGUGGGCUGCACGAAACGGCUACCUCUAUGUCAUUCAACUCCUCAUAGCUCACAACGCCGAUCCGAACAUCACUGAUGCGCAAGGCUACAAUACCCUCCAUUUAGUCACGCAUUCAUCUUCCGUAAUGCCUUUGUUGUAUCUUCUGCACCAACCUAUCAACGUAGACUCGAGAGACUCACAAGGACAUACUUCGCUCAUGUGGGCAGCAUACCAGGGUGAUGCUCUAUCGGUAGACCUUCUUCUAAAACAUGGAGCAAACCCGAAUACCAAGGAUGAUACCGGAUUGACACCGCUACACUGGGCUGUUGUGCGAGGGAAUCGUGUAUGUAUCCGCCGUUUGAUCGAAGCGGGCGCAGAUCUCAAUGCGAAAGACGGGGAGGGCCGAACGGCUAGAGACAUGGCUGUGGAGUUGAAGAGUUUGGGGGCGUGGAAGCGAGCGUUAGAAGAGGGCGGGCUUACUGAGGAAGGGGUGAAAAAGAAGAAGCCUUUGAGCGAGCGAAAUACAAAGAUUGCCAUUUUCCUCAUGCCGACAUUGUUCUUGUUUCUCAUGUUCAUGACCCUUACCAUCCUUCCAUGGUAUACAGGGCUUAUCCUUGCCAUGGCUCUCUUCUUUGCCCUCCAUCAUAUCGUUACUCGCGUCCUCUUAGACAAGGCAAACUAUACUGACAGUGUCACCCAAAGCCCCUACUUCGCCGGUAUCAUUGCUGCGUCCAUGGUAUGGGUGGGCUAUGCCUGGGUUAGUCGCUUAGUACAUCAAACACAGUCUCAUGCAUUUAGCCAUCUCAUCUUCGCCCUAUCCUUUGGGCUGUGUGCAUACAACUUCUUCCGUGCGAUUAGUCUGGAUCCAGGAUCAUGCCCGAAGCCAGCGAGUGAUGCUGAGCUGAAGUCUAUCAUAGAGGAUCUUGCAUCCGAAGGUAGAUUGAAUGGUCAGACGUUCUGUAUACAAUGCAUGGCACGGAAACCACUUCGCUCAAAACAUUGUCGUGUUUGCGAUCGCUGUAUCGGUCGUCAUGACCACCAUUGCCCAUGGGUCUGGAAUUGCAUCGGUUAUAAUAAUCAUCGUCAAUUCUUGCUAUUCGUCUCUACGCUUGUGAUCGGUAUUGUCACCUUCGACUACUUAACCUUCGCAUACUUCUCGAGCGUUCCGAUACCCACUGGCCCCGGUACUAUUUCGCCCUCAUGCAUUCUUCCUGAUAAUCUCUGCGCCAUCACCUCAUACGAUACCUUCCUCGUUUCUGUCGCUGUUUGGGCAACAUUACAACUCUCCUGGACACUCGUUCUUCUGUUCAGCCAAUAUUGGCAAGUCGCGCGACAGAUGACCACUCUGGAAGUGAGCAACCUUGGUCGCUACGGCUUCAUGGGCGGACGCGGCGGUGCCAGUCUCAACGGACAGAUGGGUCAUCAACAUCGACACGCUGCCUCAGAUGAUGCAAGUUCAUCAAGUGACCUUACUCCUACAGGUGUUCAUAACCAUAACCAUCGUGGGAUGUGCGCUGGUUGUGGAAGUGGAUUCUUGAUGAACCUCCUUGGGUUUGAUCGGUUUACGAAGGGCAAGGCUGCUGAUGGUCUCAAGAGAGCAGCCAAAGCGCCAAACCCAUUCGACCUAGGCAUGAUAGGGAACUGUAAAGAUUUCUGGACGUCUGGACGAGAGUUGGGAGUUGAAUAUGAUAGGUUGUAUGAUGUCCCUCCGGAGGGCUUCGUUGAAGCGAAGAAACGAAGACUAGCGGAGGAGGGUGAUGAUGCGCAUGCCACAGAUGGCCGCAAGUCUUUGGGCAAGAGCUUGUUAAUGGGCUUCGGUUUGAGGAGGGGUGGAAGCAGUCGGGCGGGUUAUGAACCUCUCAGUCAGGUUUGAUCUCGAGGUUUGACUGCGUUGGACGAUGUUUUAUAGCUGUUGGCAUUUGCAUCUUGUACUAUUGUAAUCGCCUGAAACGGACAUCGCAACGUGUACUAUGGCUUCUUUGCAUUCUGCUACCCCUCUCGCAUGCGGUCAACACCAAGAACGAAGAUGAUUAAAGAUUAUAUUAUAUGACAUGAUAUUCAGUAACUGACGACGGUAUUCAACCUUACUACGUAUUGAUCUCAGCCAUUACUUGAGAACAAUUGUCUAUGG